CCGAAUUCCCAAAUUCUAAUGAAAAUCCUCUAUAACCCAACUCUCUCUCUCUCAGUCAAAAUUCACACAUCACGUACUGCCAUUUCUUACAAAUCUUGACUAGACAUGUACUAUAUCUGAAAAAAACAUUUAUAUAUAUAUCUCAAGACAACAGACCUUAGAAAAAGAGAGAAAUGGGUAAUUCAUUUGGGUGUUCAGCUUCCGGUGAACGGUUGGUAUCUGCAGCAAGAGAUGGUGAUUAUGUAGAAGCAAAGAUGUUACUUGAUUGUAAUCCAUGUCUUUCAAAAUACUCUACUUUUGGUGGUCUUAAUUCACCUCUUCAUUUUGCUGCUGCUAAGGGUCAUAACGAAAUUGUUGCGUUGUUGCUUGAGAAUGGUGCUGAUGUAAAUUCUAGAAAUUACUGUGGUCAGACGGCACUGAUGCAGGCAUGUCGAUAUGGCCACUGGGAAGUUGUACAAACCCUUCUUCUCUUUAGAUGCAAUGUUACGAGGGCAGACUAUCUUAGUGGAAGGACAGCUCUCCAUUUUUCAGCAGUGAAUGGACAUGUUAGAUGCAUAAGACUUGUACUGACUGAUUUUGUUCCUAGUGCCCCUUUUGAUUCAAUAAAUGCUCAAACAAAUGUUGACAGGGGUGACGGUUCAAAUUCAAAAAGCAAGAACGAGCAAAGUGCACUGUCAAAAUUUGUAAAUAAAGCUGCUGAUGGUGGUAUCACUGCUCUUCAUAUGGCUGCAUUGAAUGGGUAUUUUGAUUGUGUCCAACUCCUGCUUGAUCUUAAUGCAAAUGUAUCAGCUGUGACAUUUCACUAUGGGUCCUCGAUGGAUCUGAUAGGAGCAGGAAGCACUCCUUUGCACUAUGCUGCCUGUGGUGGAAAUCUAAAAUGCUGUCAGAUCCUUAUUUCAAGAGGUGCCAGUCGAUUGACAUUGAACUGCAAUGGGUGGCUUCCUCUCGAUGUUGCCAGGAUGUGGGGGCGUCAUUGGCUUGAACCAUUACUUGCACCAAAUUCUAAUUCAAUUAUUCCACCCUUUCCGUAUUCAAGUUAUUUAUCAUUGCCUCUCUCAAGUGUGCUCAACAUUGCAAGAGAGUGUGGGUUGCAGUCAUCAGCAACUUCCUCUGAUGAUUCUGAUACUUGUGCUGUUUGCCUGGAGAGAGCAUGUUCAGUGGCUGCUGAAGGUUGUGGGCAUCAAUUGUGUGUAAGAUGUGCACUCUAUCUAUGCUCAGCAAGCAACAUCCCAUCUGAAUUAUUGGGUCCACCCGGCUCCAUUCCAUGUCCACUUUGCAGACAUGGCAUUGUGUCAUUUGUAAAACUCCCUGGAUCCCCUGCAAAGGAAAUUAAGUUACAUCUGUCCCUUAGUUUAUGCACACCAUGCAUGCUUCAUCCUCAUGAUCAAGAACGAUCAACACCAUCUAGUGCACAUGAAAUCAGAAAGAAUCGUGUUGCUUCAGUGUCUUCAGAUUUUUCAUGUCCUGUGACUUGUAGCCCAUUUCCCUCUGUUGCAAUCCCUUUAUGUACUUGUGAUGAAAGACAUUCCCCAACCUUGGAAUCAAGAGAAAAUGAUACUCAAGAAGAAACUCCUGAUCAGUCACAGUCCACAUCAACGGACCAAGACAAAAUGGAAGUGAGAUUGGAGAAAACUACCUGUUCGAACAUGUUUUGGGGCAGAAGAAGCUGCAGUAGAGAGAAUCAGUGUAAUGCUGAGAUUAAUGCUUAAUAGGCUUGCUUUUUGGUGUCCCAGGGGAGGAAAUUUUGAUCCAAGCAGAGCAGCGCGUGGAUUCAAGGCUUUUGAAUCUUUCUUGCAGCUUCUGUUUCUCUCGCUGGCUUUGUACCAGAGGAUCCAGCACUCCAGCAUGAAUAUCUUAUAUUGUUUCCUUGAUUAUUUGGAGUCUGGGCUUGUAAAGAAUUCACAAAUAGGACAUUGGAGUAUGCAACGGAGCAUCAUUGGAGAGCUGUCUAAUCUUCAGAUUGUUUUUAGGUUAUUCUUAGCUGUUGUAUGUAGUGCCGCUAUUACUAGUCUGGUUGAAGCAGAUAAGUUUUUAACCUGUUUGUUCCAGUACACCCCAUCAAGUUGCAAAUGAUAGUUUGAGUACUGGUGGGGUUUGUGAAGGUAACGUUAGGUGUCUGUAAACUGACAGAGAUAGAGUGGAAUAGGGAAAAUUUGUUGACACCGGUGUUGUUUGUGCACUUUUUAAUGUUCUGCAGUAGUAGUAAUGUGUUUGGGUUUGUCAAUUUAAGUUGUAACUUGUAAGUUUGGCAUUAUCUUGUAAAUUAGGUGUGAUGAACUGAUGAUGCUCCAUUAAAGCAAUUGCUGCUAGAA